GCACACAGGACUGAAACCGCAUUGGCUCUGACCUGAGGCAGUAGGAGGAGACUUUGACAAUGAAUGUGCUGAGGACACAUGUUUACAAUGAUGAGGGAGAGGGGAAGAAUGGAGCUGCACAGGAGCACUGAACACUAUGGUGCCUCCUCUCAACAGCCUGACAGUCAAGGAAGCUAACAAACGUCACUGCAGAAGGACACCAAAGGGUCGCACUAACCUGCAGGGUCAUAGGAGGAACAUGCAAAACAGAUUUUAAAUGACUUAUCACAAAAGCUGAUAGCAUUUGACUUUGCUGCUCUGUUUAAAGCACAAUACAAUCUCCCCGAUUCCAAACAAACUGAGACAAGGGGGACAAGUCAAGGACAAGGACUAACAGAACAUACUGUGUAGUUUAACUCUCAGGGAUGACCAGUGCACGGCUGCUAAAACCUUCCCCAGAAGAAUCUGUGUUUGGUGCCCAGCCUUCCCACAGGAUGACAUCCACUGUGUCAGCCGUACCCUGUGGCGUCUUUGGCCCCUCGUCGCCUCCUCCAGCUGUCUGGCCUCCUCUGGACUUCGCCCUGGGUGCUCUUGCCUGUUGUGCUGCCUGUGUUUUCACCAAUCCCCUUGAGGUUGUAAAGACUCGUCUGCAGCUCCAGGGAGAGCUGCGUGCACGGGGAUCCUACCAGAGACACUACCGCGGAGUCCUGCAGGCUCUCUGGGUGGUGGGUCGCACUGAUGGGCUCCGGGGCUUGCAGAAGGGGCUCUCAGUCGGCCUCAUCUACCAGGGUGUGAUGAAUGGCGUGAGGCUGGGGUCCUAUUCCUACUGUGAAGCUCUGGGUAUCACUUCGUUCCACGGAGGGAGUCUGCUUUCAGGGGCAGGGGCUGGGGCGCUGGGUGCCUUCAUUGCCUCUCCUGCCUACCUGGUGAAGACUCACCUGCAGGCUCAGACUGUGGAAACAAUAGCAGUAGGCCACCAGCAUAACCACCUGGGAGUGUCUGAUGCCUUUGUUACCAUCUAUAGAAGAGAGGGUUUAACUGGCCUUUGGAGGGGUGUGAACGGGGCUGUGCCUCGAGUCAUGGUGGGAUCAGCUGCUCAACUGGCAACCUUCACCUCGGCCAAGGACUGGGUGUCCCGUUCACAGUUGUUCAGUCCAAACAGCUGGCUCACGGCUUUGAUAGCUGCCAUGAUCAGUGGAGUGGCUGUGGCGAUCACCAUGACACCAUUUGAUGUCAUCAGUACACGUCUCUACAACCAGCCGGUAGAUGAGUCUCAUAAGGGACGUCUGUACCACGGGUUUUCAGAUUGUAUGCUAAAGGUGUGCCGAACUGAGGGCCUGCUAGGGUUGUAUAAAGGCAUGGGCCCUGUGUUCCUGCGUUUGGCCCCACACACGGUGCUCAGCAUGCUGUUCUGGGAUCUGAUGAGGCAACAGACAGUGAAGGACAACCAGAGCUAGAGAGGGAGCUAAGACAUCCCAAAGCCCUGUGUGCGAUUGACCGGACUCUGUUAUAGCCACCAAAGUGGUCCAUCUAUUAAUUAAACACUGAAUUUAAAGAAAAAGUUCUACACUUUGGUAAAUGCAUUUGCUGAGAGUUAGAUGAGAAGAUUGAUACCACUCUAAAGCUACAGCCAGCUGCUGGUUAGCUUAGCUUAGCAUAAAGACUGGAAAUGGGUGGAAACAACCGACCUGGUUCUGUUCACCACAGCAUUAACUUCCUCGAGUCACCAGGCAACCGGCAGUUUAGCAUAAAACGUCCUUUAUGUUUCCUGUAGUUGUUUUACAGUUUAGACAAUACAUAACAUGUUCAUUUUUGAGCUUUAGAGUUACUGAAUUUUGUUACCACUUAACAGACAGAUGCUAGCUGUUUUCCCAUUUUCAGCUUCUGUGCUGAGCUAUCAGCUGCUGGCUGUAGCUUCAUACUUACCGUACAGUACAAGAGUGUGAUCAGUCUUCUUACUUAACUGUCUGGAAGAAAGAGGAAAAAGCACAUUUCCCAAAAUGUUGAACCAUUCCUUUAAGUGAGACUGAAGCAAGAUGGACAUAUGCACAGACUAUGACAUCUUCAGGAGUUCCUAUCAAAUUUCUCAAAUAAAUGAAGAUGCUGAUGAUUUGUCAGGUUUCACCUUAAUACCUCAAAUGAUGAAUUUACAAACAAUGUCUCAGGCUUUCAGACGUGAGCUUGCCGAAAAGCUGAAAUUAGAGAAGUGAGACUCGUGGCUGGCAAGCAUAUCAGUGAAGUGCCCGUGACCUGCAAAACAGGUCGGGAUUAUUAAAACUUAAGCUCUGUAUUCCAUGUUUGUUAUUUGUCACACUUUAAAGGAUAAUUCUAGUUGCCUUCUCUGUUAAAUGUACAGAAAGACAUCAGAUGGGAAUGCCAAGAAUGCCAUUUGAUUUGCCAUUCGGUUUUCAUUUUCAGAAAUGUGACCUAUGGGUGUUUUAUGCCUUUGAAACCUAUGUAAGAAUAAUAAUAUGAAUAAAUUAGGGCAAUAAUAAAGAGAUUUUUAUAUGAAA